CAAGGCUAUAAAAGUCAUUUAAAUUCCUUAUCCCUGUUAAAUCCUACUUCCCUGUCUCAGAUCUGAGACCAUCGCUAUAGCCUGUUGUUUUGGGUGGUUAAACGGUGAAUCUUGGAUUUUUGUUCUCAUAUGGAUACUGCCCCUCAUGCUGGUAGCCCUACUGAAGUGGGUAGUCCUCACAUAGAUAUCCAUCAAGAUCUCUUUCCAGAUUACUAUGGUGGUACAGCUUCCGCUCCGUCUAUGCCAAAGGACGAAUUUCCGGGAAAUGAUAUCAAUAAUGGAAGUAACAAGGACGAAUUUCCGGGAAGUGAUAUCACGAAUGGAACUAACAAUGGUCCUCCUGUAAUUGAAGAGAAUAAUUUCCCCACACCCCUUGCACCAGUUCCACUCGAUAGUUUCUCUGCACCAGCAUCGGUUCUACCCGGCAGUAGCGGGGAAGGUUUACCUUAUGCUCCUAUGCAUUGGCCGAAUGCCGGUGAUAUCUGGAGCUGGAGAGUGGGGAAGAGAGUCAACGCUUCUGGCUUCUUCCUCGAUAGGUUUCUCAGCGCUCCAGAAAGUCUUCGAAAACCAAAUGUUCCAAAAUACUUUACAAGCAAGCAUAUGAUUGAGCGUUUUAUCCGAUCAAAUUUCCCGGGUGCAGAUAUUGACGCUUUCUUCGCUUCGUUUGUUUGGAAGAUCCCUGCCCUUGUGGAACAUUCUACCAAAGAUGUCCCCCCUCCAGUGCCAGCAGAAGCAGCGCCAGCGGAGGAAAUGGAAGAUGAUAAAAAGGACAUCGAAAAAAUAACUCCUCGUAGAACCGGUAGGAAGAGGGCUCCUCCCCCACCUCCAUUCAUCGCUCCAACUCCAAGUCCCAGUGAAACUCAAAAAAGGCAGAAGACAACUAAAGGAUCUGCCAAAUCUCAAGGAUCGGCCAAGUCUCAAGGAUCAGCUGAACCUAAAGGAUCAGCCAAGCCUAAGCGACAAACUCGCCGGAAUGUUAAAGAAUCCGCCCCACCCGAAGUUGAAAUUCAAGAUACAAACGAUGGUCUUGAUGAUGUGUCUUUCUUAGACGAUGAAACAGGAAGAGCGGAGUUCGACAACUACCUCAAUUCGUUGGAUGAGAUUCUUGUUCAGGCGCAGCCAUCGUCUGAAGAACCAAUUUCCGAACAGGCAGAGAUGCAUAACUUCUUUGCAGCAGAAGGCGAAAUGGCUGAAGCUCGAAGGAAACUAUCUUCACUUCUCGAUAUGGAUUUCCCUUCAUUGAUUUGCUUCAAAGACCUCGAUGAACUUGCCAGUCUAGCGUCCAAACUCCGGAAGGAUCCAACCCUUACUGCCGAACAACUCGUGAAGCUGAAGUUAGUAGAAGAGAUCCCAACAUUCUGCGAGGUGUUCCUCGAGAAUAGGGAAGUAAUGGAGCAGGCAGACAAGUUCUUCACAGCCCUCGAGGAAAACAAGGCCAAGGUUAGUUCACUGAAACAAGAAUACAGCGGGUUAAAGCAACAGGUGACAAAUGUACAGUCCGAGGUAGAGUCCAGCACAACAACCGUGCAAGAUAUCGACAACCAGAUAGCACAACUCAAAGCCCGUCGAGCCGAGCUCACGAAACUGAUGGAUAAGAAGAAGAGAGACAAGGAUGAACUGAUAUAUAACCAGAAGGUGGUAGCAAACUCGAUCCCGAAGGUGGUACAUGAAGUUCAGAUCGCCAAUGCCAAAAGACCGGAAUGGGAGAUAAAGAAGGAGAACGGAGUGAGGCGGGAGGCCGAAAUACUCGCGAAAUUCGCUCCCCUGAAAGGGUUUUCCCUCUGAUCACCAUAGGUAUGGGGACUAGUGCUUAAUUCCUAGAGUAAUAAUAACCAGUGAUGCUUUGGUGUUGAGGAUUGUGGUACUUAAAAUAUAGCUGUAGCAAUAGGGAGUUGUUCCCAUUGUAAUUCUGAGCGGUGAAACAUGAGCUCACAGUGUUUGUAUUUUAACUUCAUUUAGAACUGCUAUGGAGAUUUUAUGAACCUCUUAUAUUUAAACUUUUAGAAUAUUUGGAACA